AGCAUAGCAGCUCACAUGGAACAUAUUCUCUUCGAAACGACGAUAGCGCCCUCGUUUUAGUGGGGAACCAGUAAGGCGGCGAAGUUAGGAUAAAUUAAUAACGCCCCUUUCGGACAUAUUUUUGUACACUCCAAAACAAAAAACAAAUCCAGGUUUUCUGGUGUUUUCACUUUUAACUCUGUUUUGUGAAUUGGAUUUCUCAGUUUCGAUCGAUUCGCCAAAGCAAGGAGAUCUCGUCUCAAGUGUGUUAAGUUGCAGAAAAGUUUUCCAAUUAGUUGGAGCCGACGAAAGCUUUAUGGUGAACCCGAAUUUCAAUUUUGAAAUACUAAAAUGUACGCAUGAUAAUUUUCAGGUGAAUUCUAGAAUUGAGUAGCUAUGGGAGGUCAUGGAGGGUUAAAUAUUUUGCCCCAGAAACGUUGGAAUGUUUAUAACUUUGAGAACAGAGAGAAAGUCCGGAAAGAUGAAGAAGCUGCUGCAAAAGAAGAGCAGCUAAAACGUGAACAGGCAAGAAAAAGGGAUGCUGAGUUCCGUCUUGAGCAGCUUCGGGCUGCUCGUGGCUUGGCUCCAUUAAUUAAAGCUGGAGGUGCAGAGCCUGCUUCUGAGCCUGUGGAGGUUGUUGAAUCGGAAUCCAAAUCUGGUCACAUUAAUCUCUUUGAAGGGAUCAAGAUUUUUGACCCCAUUAAAGGUUUGGAGAAGGAAGGAGCUGCUGAAAAAGAUGGGUUCAAGAGGAAGAAAUUGAAGAAAGAGGAGGUGGCACCCAAGCCUGUGGCGCCCGAGGAUGAGAAGUAUAGGUUGGGUUAUGGGGUUGCUGGAAAGGGAGUUAAGUUGCCAUGGUACCUGGAGAGGCGGAAUGUUGAUGUCGAAGAGGAGAGUGAAAAUGAUAGAUCAGAAAGAGCGCAGAAGGAUGAGGGAAGGAAAACUGGGAAGAAGACAAUAGAAGAGUUGAGGGAAGAACGUUUGAAGAGGGAGAGGCGGGAGAAGGAGAGGGAACGGGCAUUGUUCAUAGAGAAGAGCAAAACAGAUAGGAGUAGGACCCUGAAGGAUAGAAGGUUUUCCAGGAGGUGAGCUCAGAGAAGCCAAAGCUUAUUCUGAGUUUGAUGUUUGUAUGUUCUUAUCGUAGAGUUGUUUGAAUUUAUGGGGCUAUCAGUCCUUUCGGUAUUUGUAAGACUAGAAUCCAUUUUGAAUUUCUUCAAUACUUGAUUUCACAACAUAUUUCAUGAGAGCUACUCUUUGCUGCUUAUAUCUGAGAAUGUUUCAUUUUUUCAUCAAAUUACAAUGUUGAGAACAUGUGGCUUGAUCUGAUUGUUGCCUCGUGCUAAUAUGUAAACUGGAAAAUGCUGGCAAAUUCCAUC